AUGCACAGUCUCAGCCAAUCCAAAGGCUUCUACUAUUUCACCGCAGCCUCUCUCUCCGCCCUCUUCGGCAUUCUCCUCAUCCUCUUCUUCGUUAUCAAGCGAUACGGCUCCAACAACGCCGCGAUGGGCGUCGCAGCCGUCACAUACUCGGUCGGCCUCACUUCCUUCUUCCGCCACUGGUUCCAGACGUUCAUUUGGAAGUUCGUCGUGGAACACUACCAAUUAGUGUUCGUCUACAUGGCCGUUUUCGCGUUUAUCGGCGUGCUGCUCGUCCGAAUGAAAGUGUUUUCGGGGCCGCAAGCGCAGCCCACGUCGCUGUUCGACACGGUUCGCUGGGGAUUGAAAGUGAUUUCCUUCACGCUGAUCAUGAAUUCGACGGCGUCGGUGACGUUCUCGCUGCUGUCCUUCCCCGUUUUCUUCGUCCUGAUGAAGAGAAUCAGCGCAAUCACUUCGCGAUUGUUCGAUUUGAUCGGGUUUGUGAGGUGCAGAUGGAACAAGCUCUUCGCUCCGAAGCAUGUCUAUCUCUCCGAGAAAGAAUACGAAGCGAACUGCCAGAAAUACACGAUUCAGGAGAUCCAGAAGCUUCGGCAGAAGCUGAUCGAGAAUCCAGAGCUGAUUCCUCGCUUGAAAUGCCCCAAACCGAUUUUGUCGCUGUUUUUGCUCACUGGAAUGGACAUUAUCGACACUGUAGGACCGCUGCGGGCUACUCAGUAG